UCCUGUUCCUCCCGAAAGAGCCGCACAUGGAUGUGAGGAAGUCUGUUCUGCUCUGCUUGUAGGUGGAUGGCGGUGAACGGGGAUGGCGCGGGGCCGGCUGUAUCUCGCGAGCUUCUCUCUGCGGGACGCGGAGGAGGCAUUCAGGAGAUGCUGUUGCUCAGUUCAAAUCAUGUGAAGAAGAAAGCCACAAGCUUGCAGACAGUCAGGCUGCCAAGGAGCAACCUUUUGGAUAGGGUUCAGAACUUCCUACCACAGAUGGCCAGUGCAAAUGCCGAACUGAGAAGAGAAAUGGACAAUGCACCUCUUCACGAAUUUGAUAUAGAACAUGUAGAUGCUUCAACUGAAAAUGUCAUUGAAAUGAACGUGGCAUUGGUUGAAUUGAGUGGUUCUGAUACAGAGGAAGAGGAGUCAGUGUUCGAAGAUGACUCAGAAAGUGAGGACAGCUCUGACUGUGAUGAAGUGACUGUAGAAAACUUUAAACUUCCUAAAUCAAAAGAAGAAGGACGAAUAGAGAUUUUGGAUAAUAAGAUAAGCAAAUAGAUGUAUUAUUGCUGUUUCAGAUUUCCACAUGUCUUACAUGUCAUGUUUCAUUAAUUUUUUCAAAGUCCUCUUGGAUAGCUAGCUUCUGCUGCCUAGAAACUAGCUUACUGUCUGCACCUCACGGUGAUUAAAUCUCUUUGAAGUUCAAAUUUCAAUGCAGAAGAGAUGAAUAAGGACACUCAGUUUUCUUCAUGGGGUCAGCAUACUGGAAAAAAGCUGAAGGAAAUAUUGAAUCGGACGGAGAGUGGAAGCAUCACUGGAAACUUAUCUGAGGACAAUUCAUGUGUUGUAUUAUUUAUGUAACCUGAUAAGGCAAAUGCUUAUGUUUCAGCUGCUGUAUGGAAUCCAAUGGAAAUGCAUCUAUAGUUUGGAGUAUCUUGUCCAGCCAAAGCUCCAAAAUUGUACUUGGCCAAUCAGGUAGUCAGUAACUCUUAUAGUUUGUGGGUAUCUCUGUCCCAGAAGUACUUGCAGCUGCUUCAUCUUGAGAGCUGUAAUCCAGGGUAGGGAACCUGUGGCAACUCUCAUCAUAUCUGAGCAGGCUUAUGAGUGGAGUCCACCUGUGUGCAAAGGGCCACCGGUGCCCACCUUUGCCAGAACUGUCCUUUGAAACCAAGGUAAUUGACUCUCUCCUUUUUAGCAGAUCAAGGGGGAAGUUAGAAUUGUAGGUGGGAUAGUAAACACUUCUUUGUUUUAAUAACAGAGCAUGAGCUGUUCCACUCAUAAUCCUAUAAUCUAUCUUUCUGUUUUAUACCAAACAUAUAUGUAUAAAUAUUCACAUUAAGGAAGAAACUGUCUUGUGUUGUACUUUCUUCAUCUUCAUCUGAAUUCUGCAGAGUUUUUGGCCAAUACCUACCCAGUGGUCAUAUCAUUAUGAGUUUAUCUUACAUCUUGCAUUAUCAUAAAGGAGGUUAAUCUUCGUUAAAAGAAAGCAACUUUUUUCCUAGGAGGGUUUUAUUGGGGGGUGGGGUAGGAAAAGCAGUAGAGGCAUGUAGAUUGAUGUAUGGAUCCAUGUGUACUUCAUAAUGGUAAAAUACUGCAUAAAAUAUCCCACACAGAUUUGAUUUAAUAAUAUAAUUGGCAUUCACAACUCUAUGUUGAUUACACAUUCUCUGUUGGCAAAUAGAUUAUAAAAUAAUUGCUAUAGCUUUUAUAUGCAUAGUUUAAGAGAUGUUGACCUCUGUAUCAUACAAAAUCAUGUUAUAAGUGCACUUCCUUGAAUUUAUUUACACUGGUUUAUGGCAAACUGUUUCCUUCUAUGUUGCUUAAACAGGCUGAAUGUGCCUCAUGGGAGGGGCAUAAUGCUGGCACAAUGCUUAUUUUCAGAAACCAAGUCCCAUGUGACUGUAUUGGACAACUAAGAAAUGUAGCCAGCCCCUUGACAUUGCAGUGCUCAGAGCUUUCAGUGUACUGAUACCUAGAUUCCUGCCCACUGCUAUAUGUUUAGUAGCCAUAUAGGUCAGCAUGCAGGUUGAGUGGUGAUGAUAGAGACUGCACAAAAAAAGAAGCUACAGGAGUGGAGUUGUCACAGUAGAGUCUGCGUGACUCUGGCAUAAGUUCUGACAAAUGCAGGGCGCCGCUUGGAUAUCCACACAAUAAAAUACAUGGAACCAAUGGCAUAACUUCAAGGAGGACUAUCUUGGUCCUCUGUGAAUGCAAUAUUCUUUGAUUGCACAGUUGGAUGAGCCUCUGACUUCUGAAUCAUUGCUAGGAAAGCACUCUACUUAGGGUUUUUGUUUUUUUGUUUUUGUUUUUUUUUUGCUGUUGGUAGUUCUGCAGUCCUGUCUUGUGCUUGAGGAAGUACUUCUAAAGUUGAGUAGAUUGGCAAGAUCAUUGCCAUGCCACCGAAGCUGAGCAGCUUAAUAUUCCACAGUUACAGCUUUUGUUCUAAGAUAUUCAUGGAGAGCUUCUUCACCUGAAGGAAAUGAGAGGGUAGAAACAGUUGCACCAUAUAAAUGUUGAUCUUCACUGCUGUGCUUUCAAAAAUUUAGAAACUAACCCAUCUUUCUUCAAUUCAUUGAAUAAUAGUGGCAAUUAGGACAUAAUUUGAUAUCAGACCAUGGAAAUGAAUCACUGUAAAAACAGAUACAUUAGAACAACUUUCCCCAGCCUGGUGCCCUUCAAUUCUUACAUUGGCUGGGAGCAAUGGGAAUUAUAGUCCAAUGUAUCUGGAGAGCUUAUGAGUCUCCAGUGCAAGGCAUGAUUAUGAUCACCACCACACCUCAUAACCUGCAUUUUCUCUAGAUGGCUGAAAAAGGCCAUCUCGGUUUAGCAGUGGGAAGGAGGAUAAAUGCAGACUAAAAUCAGCAUAAGUCUGCAACCCAAGUCCUUUCCUCCCUGUCCCCCCCAACUGCCACUUUCCCCCGCUUUUUGGGCCAUUUGCAAUCUCGGGAGGGGCAGCUGGAUGGCUUUUUCCGUGUUUGUUGCAAGGGCAGAGUGGUGGAAGCUGAGACAAUCUGAAAUUACAGGAUCUUGGAGCUGGGACUCUAAAAAAUCCUGUAUCCUCCCAAACAAAGUCAGAAAGGUAUAAGAUGGCAUGCUUACUGUAUAAGGCUUAUUUUUUAUGAAUGGACUUAAAAGGAGAGGCAACUUACCUAAGUCUUUUCCAAAGCCAGACUGCUUGAAUCCACCGAAUGGAGCUGCCACAUCAGUUUUGUUAUAGGUGUUAAUAAAAACUGUUCCAGCUUCUAGUCUGUCACUGACAUACAAAGCUUUACUUAUGUCUUUGGUGAAGACCCCCGAAGCAAGGCCAUAUUCUGUUCUGUUUGCACGAUCUAACACCCCAUCCACGUCUCUACAGUAAGAAAGGAUAACUUGCUAGGCAAAGUCAAACAUACCCCAUUCCCUAAUAAAGGAUUCUAACCAGUC